GUGAGAUCCCUGGAGAAGGAAAGAAUUCGAGAAGUUGAUGUUGGAGCAUUGGAAUUAGUUGACCAUUUCAAACAAAAAUUGUUAUCAAAAAGUGAGGCAUCAGAUACCAACAUGACAAUUACUGGCAAGAUGAACCUCAUCAAUUCCCAGAAUAUAAAUGAAGAGAAACCUUCCACCAGCAAUUUCUCCAGUCUGAAUAUUACAUACUGGUGCCAGGAUAAUGCAAAGCCUCAAGGAAAUGUGAAAAGGAAGUAUGAAGCUCAGAUAAGGGCCAAGUUGACCACUCUGACUCAACAAUUGGUCUCUAACAAGGUGAAUUGGAUAGAAGUGAUAGCAGUUGAUCUCUCCACACAGGUGCUAAAGACAAUGGCAGCAUAUCUUGAUUUGGAAGAUGAUGGUGAUGCCUUCAAUGCAAGUAUUGGUACAGUAUUACAAGGUCAUGCAAGACACAGAAAGUUUCUCACAAGAGUCUGUGAAUACAUUUAUGAAGUGAAGUUUGAUAAAAAGUGUCCAGUUAUUAUCCUUUACAGUUUAGUGAAUGACUCAUACAAGGUCUUGAUAUGAGAUUUAAAGGCAAUCAGAUAAGAGACAGAGCAAAAGGAACAAAGUAAUCAGUAUCAAUCCAGAAGUUCUGGAACAAAAUGUAUGAGAAUACACUUUUUCAUAUGAAAAUCAUAAAUAAAAUAAAUGAAUUUUAUUAGUAUUGUGCUAGUAGUGCAGUUAUUACAUAAGAAAAUUGUUUUUCUGCAUAAAGAAUGCAGUGAAAGCUACUGGUUUGGUGCUUUCUUUUAUUUGUUUUAUUUCAGUUUCUUGCACAAACUGUGGUGCAGAAGUUCAGGCUUUAUUAUUGUCAUUCUGAGUGCAGAGUGCAAUAGACCUUGCAAAGACAGAAGUAUGGAUUGCAACCUGGCUUAAAAAUUUGAAAAGAAAGAGAUAAAAUAUAAGUUGAUGAAUAUGUGCUGGAAAGACCAUGCUUAUAGUUUUAGAAUGAGUCAUUUUAGAAAUCCGUCUUACCUUAUCUUACCUUAUGAUAAGUUGAAUGUGUCAAAUUUAUGAAUGAAAGAUUCUCAUAUUCACUUCAGUUUAUUUCUGUAUUGUGGCACAGAUUAUCAUGACCUUGUACAAUAUAAUAUAAUAUUAUUAAUGUUAUAUUACAACCACCAAAUAUAAUUUGGCUGAGGCAAUCUUGUGAUAAAGAAAAUGGAUCUGAAUUCAUUUAAUAUGUAUUUUGGCUGGUUGAAAUGGGUAAAUAAUGGAGGGAUGAAACAAUGUGAUGAGAGAACUUAUUGUAAGAAGUAUAAUAUCGGUAUCUAGUGGUGAGAUUAUAGGUCUUGCAGCCAGUUAUUUGUUAUUUAAGCAUUAAACUGUUGUUGAAUA